AUGCGACGUGCUAUCAAUUUGGAAACACAGUUCCCAGCUCAAGAUGACUACCGUCGUUGUACGGAAUACUUGAAGAAGCUCUGCACGGAAGUGGUCUCGUUUGAAAAAGAAAAAGAAAAAGAUCAUGAAGAACAUGAAGAACAUGAAGAAGAGAAGCAUUGCAACACAGAAGAUGAACCUCUCCCCCGGCCUCCAAGGAUCUCAUUAACCGGCCCAAUGUAUCAUUCUCACAACAUCUCAUCAAUAGGCGUAUUGAAAUACGCCGCUGAAUGGGCUCGGACCCGCAUAAAUACUGUGUUUAAAACAUUGGAGGAGCUGAAACGUCCGAAUCCAGACAAAAAAUUGUUCGAAGAAGAAACAGUUUUUUAUAGUGAUGGUUCACCAAACACGGAGGAGAAAGACAAAUGCCGCCGAGCCUGCCCUGUUCUUAUAGUCAAGGACAAAGAACAAGCGCUGUCACCGGAGUUUGAAAAAAAUGUGACAAAAGCUCCAGUCACAGUUAUAAGUGGAGCUUUCAAGGUUUUCGAUAUCGAUACAAAUCUUUAUUCGCGUGAAGAAAUAGCGAAAGUAAAGCCAGACGAGAAGAUCAGAGUCCUGAACCAAGUCCCACAGGCUGCGGAUCAGAACAAGAGCUAUGAAUGA